CUCCCUUCCUUCCUCCACUACUACAUACAGUACCUGUCUUGCUACUUGAGUACUUCACUGACCAAGCCCCGCCUUUCCUUUUUAUCAUCUCCAUUCCAUUGCCGCUAUAAGUAGUAGCAGCAGCUAAUCAGUCAGCAACUAGCCACCAAACCAUCACUUCACUCCCGGAAUCCCACCCUCAAGGCUUCUCCGUUUCUCCCCAUCCAGCACGAUCAACACAGCUGCCGCGCACCAAGAACCGUGCGCGCGGGGCGCCAUGGCCGAGAAGCCGCCUCCGGCGCCGAAGCCGAAGCCGAAGCCGCCAGCCGCGGCGGCAAGGCCGACAGCGCUGGCGAGGCCGACGGCGCCGCCUUUCAAGAAGCCCCAGCUAGCGCCGCCGCCGCAGGUACUCCCGCUGAAGCCGCCGCCGGCGCACCAGUACCGCCAGCAGCCGGCUGGCGCGCGGAAACCGCGGUACCGGCAGCAGCGCCGCGGGGGCGGGUGCUCCUGCCGCCGCGUGUGCUGCCUCGCCACGGGGCUCGCCCUGCUCGCGCUCUGCCUCGCGCUUGCCGCGGCCUGCCUCGCGUACCUCUACUACCGGCCCCGCGCGCCGUCGUUCCACCUCCAGCCGCUCUCCCCCGUGCGCCUCCGCCUCAGCAACUCCUCCGUGGUGUCCUCCAUGGACGCCACCGUCGGGGUCAGGGUCGUGUCCUGGAACCCCAACGAGAGGGUCGCGUUCCGGUACGGCGACGGCGAGGGCCGCGUCGCACUGGCCGACGCCGACGGGGACGUCGCGCUGGGUUGGGCGCCCGUGGCCGGCUUCGAGCACACCGCGCGGAGCGUCGCCACGGUGGCGUUCGUGGCGACCGCCAAGGGCGUGGUCGUCGACGAGGCCGUCGCGGCGCGCGUGCGCGACCGGUACCGCCGCCGGCAGCUGGCCUUCAAGGUGGUCGUGGACGCCCACGUCAGCGUCCGUGUCGGGAAGGCGCGCACCGGCAUGGUGCCGCUCAGGCUGCUCUGCGACGGCGGCGUCAUGGCGCCGCGCGGUGGCGGUGGCGAUGGCUCGGCCGGGAGCGUGGUGGGGCCCAUGAGCAAGUGCCAGGUGUACCUGUUUAGAGUAAGAUGGUUUAGCUUGAACUGAAAGCGCAUCCAGGGCAUCAGGCUGCUAGCUUCUUAGAGAUCAUCAAGCUGAUACCAGUGGCGCCGAAGCUGCAGUUGCUAUAACUUAUAUGUGUUUUGCCGACAUGAUGAUGGUGAUUGGUUUGCUCCGAACUUGAUUGGUAACGAUACAGUAUGUCGUCGUCGAUGGUUCUGAAUAUAUAUAGAUGGUCUGAAGACUCUGAACUAUCUGAAACAUGUAGUAGGAGUUAAAGAACAAGUUUGUAACUGUACAUUACAUUUCCAGCCCCCAAUUCUUUCGAUUGUGUGGUGUAUAGAUAGCAGGAAUGAAUGAAGGAUGUGUGUGUAUUCUUGUCAGUUGGCACUUAGAAUUGUUGGUCCCAUUCUCUUAACCGGUCACAUUUGAAUUUUAUUUGAUCAA